GAUAUAUAAAUACCCGGAAAUGCCAUUAGCUUCCGAACCCACAAGCCAAACUACAUGCCUCGAGUUUGUUCCGAAUUAGUACGUCUUGUGUAGUUAACCUUAUUUCCCGGAAGCCCUUAAUACACUCCCAGUCAGCUCCAAACCUAGGAGUCGAACAACGGAGAAUACAAUAACGAGAAUUCCGACUUCCAAACACCAAAUUUUCUCACGAAACCAACACAGCUUGCAACCAUGCAAGUUCGUUGACAAAAUCAGCCCUAGCUUAAAACAGUACAGCCCAACCAUAUCCUCAAAACUAGCUAUAAAACACACAGACACCAACAGCAGGCGCUUAAACCUUCUUCAUUUUUCAAUGAAGCCAGCGGAAGCAUACGACGGCGACUUGGCCAUCGUAGUACCCCUCUUGGCUGGCAAUGGUGAUAAUACCGCCGACUCUGCUAAUUAUCAGCACUGUAUUUCGGGCUCUACGUCCUUCUUCAAGACCUGCUUCAACGGCCUCAACGCUUUGUCAGGUGUGGGAAUAUUGUCAAUACCAUAUGCUCUAUCAUCAGGUGGAUGGAUGUGCUUGAUACUUUUCUUCCUUAUUGCCGGCUGCACUUUCUACACAGGCUUGUUAAUCCAAAGAUGCAUGGAUAUGGACCCCAACAUAAGAAGUUAUCCCGACAUUGGUGAGCGAGCAUUUGGGGCCAAAGGAAGAGCCUUUGUAUCCAUAGCAAUGAACGUUGAACUGUAUUUGGUGGCGACAGGUUUCUUGAUUCUAGAGGGAGACAAUUUACAUACCUUAUUCCCAAACCUGGAAUAUGAAGUUGGUGGGCUUGUCAUAGGUGGAAGACAAAGCUUUAUUUUUAUGGUUGGCCUUAUUAUGCUGCCUAGUGUUUGGGUAGAUAAUAUGAGCAUUCUCUCUUACAUCUCUGCCAGUGGAGUUAUAGCUUCUUUUGUACUCCUCGGCUCUAUCUUGUGGGCUGGCACGCUCGAUGGCAUUGGAUUUCAUGAAAAGGGCACACUUUUGAACUGGAAAGGGAUGCCGACUGCUGUUAGCCUGUAUGCCUUCUGUUAUUGUGCUCAUCCAGUUUUUCCUACAUUAUACACUUCAAUGAGAAACCAAAAGAAGUUCUCUAAGGUCUUGCUUGUGUGCUUUGUCGUAUGCACAACAAGCUACGCGUCCAUGGCAAUCUUGGGGUACAUGAUGUUUGGUUCAAGAGUGGAGUCUCAAAUAACUUUGAAUCUUCCUACAGAUAAAAUUAGCUCAAAAGUGGCUAUCUACACCACCCUUGUCAAUCCAUUGGCCAAGUAUGCUUUGAUGGUAACUCCUAUCAUAACUUCUCUUGAAACUCGUUUCCGAUCCCACCGAAACAAAGGAAUUAGCCUCUUGAUCAGGACUUGUUUGGUACUCAGCACCAUCAUUGUGGCCCUGGCCAUACCCUUCUUUGGAUAUCUGAUGUCACUUGUUGGAGCAUUUCUAAGCGUAACAGCUUCAAUUAUUCUGCCAUGCUUGUGCUUCUUGAAGAUUUCAGGCAUUUACGGCAGAUUCCGGCUUGAGUCCAUCUCCAUAUGGGGCAUUGUGUUGGUAGGGAUUCUUGUUCUUGUUAUUGGCACUUAUACGGCUCUGCAGGAGAUUUUUCAGCAUUUGGUAACAUAAUUAAUUAGUAACAUUGUAAUGUAUUCCACCAUGAUUUAUUUUGUGGUGAAAUUUCAUCUUUGUGCUUUCAUAAGUUGUAUUCUGAACUUUUAUGGAAAACGACACGAGCUUGAACGUGCCAAAAUUGGAUUAGAUAUUUCAUUCUAUCCC